AUUAAUGAUACUGCAGAGCCAAAACAUAAACAAAAGAGGGUAAAGGCAGAAGCAGAAGAAACUGUUUAAACUUUAUAAAGGAAAGGGAGAUAAGUAAUAAAAGAAGAAAGGAACCACAGUAAAAUAAGGUUAGAAGCAGUCAAAGAAGAUAACAGGAAGAAUCAAAGGUAUUUCUCAAAGAAAUCGGUAAAAGAGAAACGAUGUCUUCCGUUUGCCUUCGCUAGAGGGAUAAGCACUAAAGGAAGGAUCGAAGAACAGAUCAGAAGUGAGCGAUUACAGGAGAGCAGAUUAAGGUGACAAACAUGUCCUCAUUUCGCCUUCACUCCGAGGACUCCGAGUUCAACAAUCGAGUGGACGCCCUCUUCAGCUCGCUCGCAACGGCCGCCACUGAGCAUGAACCUCGCAUGGCCAAACGACCCCACGAGGAGGACGAUAAUGACAGCGGGGACUCACGCAGGAGGGAUGGGGAGUUCAGAAGGCCCUUUGGCAAGAAUCUGCACCAGCGUGAUAACGAGUCGUCCUCCAGCGAAGGUGAUGGUGGGUCGUCCAGGGAUGGGGAGUUCAGAAGACCCAACAGCAGGCCUCCGAAUUGGCGAGGCAGAGGGAGAGGGCCUCUUAACAGCACCCCAGACUAUGUGAAGAAUCCCCAGAAGUGGACAAGAUACAGCAUGAGGGAAACAAAGGUACUGAGUGACCGAGAAAACAAAGCAGAAGGUUUGCGGCUCUUUGACAAACUGAGGACAAGGAGGAUGGAAGGCGAAGCAGAAGAGGAUGAAGGUGGUUACCAGCAAAAGGAAAUAGAAAAGAUUGUCUUCAAGAAGCCUGUUAAAGCUGAAGAUGAAGGAGGCAUAAAUGAAAAGGAGGAGUCAGAUAUGUCUGCUGAUGCCUUGUUUGGGGGACCAAGGAAAGUGAAGCUGCCUGAGUAUGUUGUUGGCCAGACCAAACAGAGAAACAAGCACAAGAAGAGAGCAGAUAAUGCAGAAGAUUCAAAGAAAGUUUCAUCUUCAACAGAAAUAAAACUUGGGCAUUUGAUGUUUGAAGAAGAAGAUGACUAGUAUUGGCUGACAUUUCAUGUCUUGAAAAAAAAGAGAUGCAGAACAGAACGAAAAAGAGAUAAAGAGAAGAAGAUAGAAAAUUUGAUAGGAUUUGAGAAGAACCAUGUUAAAGGUGAAUGGAUGGUGAUUAUAUUUUCAAGAUAUUACAAGACAUACAAAGACACAUACAAAGUGAUAUUGGCAUAAAAGAUAAUUUUAUAUGCCUUAAUGCAAAUAGAAUACCUAGUAUUCUAUUUGCUAAGACAAACAUCAGAUUUUGAAGAAUCUUUGUAUAUAUUUUUGUAGGUCUAAGUAGCAUGUCUGUGUGCAUUUGUACAUGCUUUGUGUUGAUGAGUGCUAAUUAGCAUAAAGUGUAAAAAUUUCCUUUAAACAAAUGGAAACUAUGGUUCAAAGUGAAAGAUGAAGUAAACUAUUGUCUCACCUUUCAGUAAACAAAAUUUGUUGAA